GAACGAAAACUCGAACGGAAAUCACCCAGGAUAUAGAUUGAUUUGGUUUCUUUGGAUAAUAUGACCACGGAGCUGGGCCAUGCAGCCAGUCCGCCAGGUCACAUCCUGGGCUACACGAUACGAAGUCGCACUCGCAUCUAUGUGUCCUACAUAAUACCCACAUGCCUGGGGCUCCUGGUGUACAUGCUGCAAACCUCCACCGACCUGGCCCUGAGCUAUCAGCACUUUCGUAGGCAUGAGCCGGGCUAUGGUGCUGGCACCCUGGUGCUGGUGCUGCUGCCACCACUGCUCACCUAUGUGCUGGUGCUCAGCUCCAGGGAGCAGCGCAGCAGCGCGAGCGCCAGUCGGAGUAAGUGUAUGGGCUGCAGCUUGGGUUUGCUGCAGCUGCUGUUCUUCCCAUUCGCCGUAGUCUACAGGUUCACCAUGCGCUUGUUUUGGUCCGUGGAGGCGUUGUACCAUGCGGAUGAUGACGUGGAGCGUAUGAAGUGCUUAGGGAAGGUAACGCAAACCUCCAACAUUGAGCUAUAUCUGCUCAUCCAGGCAUAUGCACAGGCGGCGCCACAGAUCAUCUUGCAGAUGUACCACAUGCUCACCCAGGACAUCUUUCGCAACUAUGAGACAACCACCUUGCAGAGUAUGUGUCUGGUAUUUGCAGCCAUUGAUCUGGCUGGAAUUACUACCACCUAUCAUCGCAUCGAGAGUCAGCGGCGCGUGGGUCGCAACUACCCCUGGGCAACGCCGCAGCAGGUGGAAGCCCAACGCUGCCGGCUGGAGCAGAAUGAGCGGCUAUGCGGAGAGGCGGAGCGCAGAAAACGGGAGUCGGAGCGUUCAGUGGCCACAAGUUUUCCGCAAUCGGAGAAGAUCAUGGCGAACUUCCAUGCCCGUCAGGAAUCGGGCAAUCAGAUUGAGACGUCAGCAGUUGGCAGCCAUGAGUUGCACGUAGCUGGACACGAUGAAGUGGAUAACGACGCUGUGGAGAAGCUGGAGAUAAUAGCUAUGCUACAUCCGCCCUCAAGCACUGCUGCUGGCAAUGUCACAGACGAUGAUAAGAUGCACCAAGCUCGACCCAAAUUGCACUUACACCGCGACGAGCUAAAGCACUUGGAUAGCAUUGAGGUGCUGGACACAGUGCCAGAGACGCCAGCUCCGCCGCCGCCACCAGCUACAGCGCCAGCAGCGCUGCCCAUGCUGCGGCUGCCUACAGAGAAUGAUCCGCCUGCAGCGCCAGAUCUGCGACGCACUGAAUCGGAUACGGGAUACAGAAGAAGCAAACGCAUUUCACGUCCCCUCUCACAGUUGGAGACGUUCAAGGAUAUGCUGCUUGUGAAUGCUCAGCUAUACAUUAAGGACCACGUGCCACGGCCACCCAAAGUGCUCAUUGGACGUGUGGAUGAGGAGCCCAACUCCGAUGAGCGUACGCCCUUGGUGGUGGCACAGACUCCAAAGGGCACGCCCUUGACGCCCAAGGACGUGGUCGACUUCUACUUUCCACGGCCCACAAAGAUUGUGAACGGCAUCCAGCAGGAUGACUUCGCUGGCCGCACCGUUGCCUUCUUCGGCUGGAUAGCCUUCAUCAUAAUGCGCAUGCUGUCGCUGGCCACCUUCUGCGUCUUCUACCCGCGCGCCUUCUUUAUUGUGGUGGGCGUGCACUACGCCUUGAUGCUGGCCGCCUUGGCGCUGGAGACGCGCUGCCGUGUUAGCUGGAGUCGCUGUCUGUUCUACUUGCUGCUUGGCUACAUUUACAUUUUUGUGCUGAUCGAGCUGCGAGUAUGCUUCAAGAGUAUACGACGUUGGUAUAUCUCGUAUCUGGUGCUCGUGCUGGCGGAGAACAUAACAAUGACAGCCAUUUGGUAUGGCAACGAACAAUUCGAAUCCUGGUGGUUUGGUUUCAUUUGGGAGUGGAUUGUCUACAGCGGCAUUCUGUUCCUCGCCACCAUUGUCGUCUACUACUGCAUACUUCGUCCCAAAGACGUGACGCUCAUCGUCGAGGAAGACGAGGCGCCGCCUCAACAGUCAGAGCAGUCGGUUGCCUAGCUGCCUCGUUGUCAAGCUACAAA